UUCGCCCAGAUCUCCGACCCCACCGUGGGCGUGGAUUUCUUCUCCAGGCUGGUGGAGAUCGAGCCUGGCAAGAGGAUCAAGCUGCAGAUCUGGGACACGGCCGGGCAGGAGCGGUUCCGGUCCAUCACCAGAGCCUACUACAGGAACUCGGUUGGAGGACUACUCCUCUUUGACAUUACAAACCGCAGGUCUUUCCAGAACGUCCACGAGUGGCUGGAGGAGACAAAGGUGCACGUCCAGCCAUACCAGAUUGUCUUUGUUCUGGUAGGUCACAAGUGUGACCUUGACACACAGCGGCAAGUGACCAGGCACGAGGCGGAGAAACUGGCUGCUGCCUAUGGUAUGAAGUACAUUGAGACCUCGGCUCGGGAUGCCAUUAAUGUGGAGAAGGCCUUCACUGAUCUGACUCGUGAUAUAUAUGAGCUGGUGAAAAGGGGGGACAUUUCAAUCCAGGAGGGAUGGGAAGGGGUAAAGAGUGGGUUUGUCCCAAACGUAGUGCACUCUUCAGAAGAAGUGGUGAAAUCAGAUAGACGGUGCUUGUGCUGAGCUUCUCUAGAGAGGCGAGUGGUGAUGAACUCUACUAACCAAACAUACUUUACUAAGUGAACUCAGUGUGACAGAAGGGAGAGCAACACUCCCCUUGUGAACAGCCUUCCACAUUGUUUUGGACACCAGGACAGACCCUGGAAAGAGAUAUUCUUUUCCAAAUAACCUUUCAGAACUGGGGGAUACAAACCCGAAGGAGAGUGAGUGAGGGUGCAUGUGGACGUUGUAAGGAGAUGAGAAGCAGAAAUGAGGGGCUGUACAACACAGAAAAGAGUAUACACAGCUGAAUGGGCUGGUAAAUGCCAGGCUACUGUACAUGUUCUCUUUUAAGUAAACCCAUAGCUCCCUGCUGGCUUUUGGAGCCACAAAAUGGAUACUCAGUUGUAUGAAAAACAGGCAGACAGAGAAAACAGGAGGACAUCUUGGUUUGUGUCAGCUAUUUCUUUCCAGGACAGUCUAAAGGCAGCAUAGAUACCAUUUCCUCAUAAGGUCAGUUUCACAAGAGAAGUUUACCGACAUGGUAUGCACACUUCCGAGUUUUCUUUCUUAUGUUCUUGAAUGUAGUUCGAUAGCAAAGAAUAUUUUGUGGGAUUUAAAGAGGAAAACAGUAGUUAUUUAACUGGUAAUUAAAAUUUAAAUUAUUCAUCCCUUAACAGUGUUUUUCUUGCUGUGCUGAACCAAGACUCUGAGUGGCAGCUCUUGCUGUAGUAGGGAUUAUUCAAUGCAAUUUUUACUCAUUUACUGCCUGGGUGAGUACCCUGGAAGUACCCUAAGUCCAGGGCUUUUCAGUAGAAUUAAGUGAUGAAGAGCAUAAAGAGAGAACCAUGUCCUCAGGUGUUAUGUCUUAACACUGGGGUGUUGCAGCCAAGUGGGACACACCAUUUCUGUUUCAGUAACAGCACUGUGCUGACAUUACCAGCCAGGUCACAAGGAGGAAUGGAAAGGAGGAAGAGAAAAAAGAAACCAAACGAAAUAAAAACUUGAAAAGGUUAACUCAGGUGCAUCAGACAUCCUAAAAGUUGAGAUUUGCUCUUAAAGAAGUUAAAUAGCAUAGAAAGCAACAGCUUCCAUCAGUACUUUCUGCUGUUAAAGUGUCGUUUUCUGUCUUGGCCUCUGUGGAAGAGAACUGGCACUGGGAAGGUAGAACACACAGCAGGAGUGUCUGAGCGGGUGGAAAGCUUCAAGACACACUCAAGAGUAAAAUUUGUUUUCCUCCAUGUUUUAGUUUGACAAAAGAGGAUCCAUCUCAGAUUUGCCAUCUCAGACAGCCAUGUCACAAAAACUGUAUGUAGGUGGAUGUUUUCUGGGAAUGCCAUUCACCACUUAAAAGCUUUGCUUCUGCCAAAUUUUAACCCAAGCUUUUGAAGUGCAGUGGGGUGACUGUGCUCCUGUAGCAAAUUAGGGAAGUUCAGCCUAUUGAAAGUGAACAAACAAAAUGAUAGUGACUUUUUUACUUGUGUUUGAAAGCUUUAUACACCAAACUGCAGUAGGAAGAAGGGAGGCUUUAGGUAAAAGCCACAGGAAGCAUCUAGUGUUUAUUUUAGACCUGUGAGUAGAGAAAAAUAAAAUUGUUCCAGCUUUUUAAUCUGUCCCAUCUACAGAAAUACAGAUCUUGAUGCUAUUGAGUUCAGACUGUUUCACCUUCUGAACCUGUUUGCAGUUUGCAGCAGCACAUGGGUAGGUCUGUUUUAAGAGAAAACCUGUGGUUGCCAUAUUGAAACUGUAAAAAAACCCCAAACCUCCAGCAAACCUAACCUAACAACCCCAAACCCUGAACACUUUUGUUUCUUGGUGUUCUAGGAACAAUUUCACUUCUUGAUGUUGGCAGGGGAGCAGCAGCGCUGUACCUGCUGGGAGGGCAUAGGGAGCAAAUGCCACCAAGGGGGGUGGCAGUGACCUGGUGCUUCUUGGUGAGCUUAAAUAGGCUUGAAUGUAUCCAACACCUCAUGCUAAAGGCCAGUGAAUGCCAGGCACUUGGGGUUGCGUUGAGUGCCCUGAAA